GAUAGAAAGACGGAAGAGAAAGAGAGUGUAAUAAGAGUUUGGAUCUAUGUGUGUUUUAUCCACAAAGAAGACUCUCUCAAGAUUCUUCUCUCUCCUUUGGUCUCAGAGCUUGUGUGUCUUCCUCAGAGCACCUGCAAGUUUCUUUGUUGCUAUGCAGACAUUACCAAGCUCAGAUGCCGCUCUUCUGGCCUCGAACUCACCACCUCUUGUGCUACGUAAUCCCGCCGGCGAUGACGUGGACAUCGAUUUCGGAGACGUGUUUGGUGGUCCUCCUAAGAGACGCUCUAAAGUUAAUAACGAAGUCACGCGCCAUAGCUUCAGUGAAUCUGCUCUCCGGCGGCGUGACGUCAUCGUCGACGUUGACGCUCUGAUUCCGCAACAUGAGAAGCCUGUCUUCGGCGAAGAGCCAUCGGCCCGGCGCCGUUUCACCACUGAUGAUUUCUUCGACGAUAUUUUCAGAGUGAAUGAAGCGUCGUCAUCAUCUUCUUCGCCGAUGAUGAUGAAGAAGGAAAGAGAACCAGUCGGAUCGUCACUUCCGGGUUCUCGGAUCCUUAGCCCGGCUCUCAAACCUGAAUCCUCAGGGACUUCGUUUCCAGCUCAAUUCAGUCUUCCGGCAAAAGCAACAGAGAUUCCCACAUUUGGUUCAGCUACUCGUAGUUUGAGCAAGAACAAAGAAACUGUUUCUAGCUCUCCUUUAUCAAGAACUUCGAGCAAAGCCGAUGUGGUCUCUACUGGUAUAUCAGAUUCAGAUGGUUGUGAUGAUACUCCACGAGUUGUUGUUACUGGCAAAGGUAGGCAGUUUCAUUUCUCUAUCUACAAAUGGCCUAAUAAAGGAGUUCCUGUUGUCAUUUGGGGCAGUUCUAGAUUGAGUUCUAUGUCUAAAGCUGAGGAGACAACGCCGGUGACAUCGAGUGAUCCUCAGUCUACUUCAGUUGAGAAAGCUGACAAAGUUGAAGAAGGUGAGAUUGGUUUAUCUAGCUUGAAAGAGGAAAAGAAGAACUCGAAAAAGCGUCCUGGUGUUCAGACAGAAGAAGUGAAAACAGAAAUUGAUUCGAUGUCUGAACAGGCCUUUUCUGGUGUGUCAAUGGCGCGUGAAGCUACUGUGAAGCCUCUUCAUUCAACUGAUUCGAUGUCUGAACAGGCCUUCUCUGGUGUGUCCAAAGCGUAUGAAGCUACUGUGAAGCCUCUUCAUUCGAUUUUUAAGGAUAAGAAUGAGAAGCAAGGUGAGGAAAUAGUAUCAGAGAGAGAAGUGAAAAAAGGUAAAAGCAAAGCUAAGAACACGCGAAGUUCUACUGAAGAUUCAAGAACAAAAAAGAAACCACAAGGCAAGAAAAGUUCUUUGGAUAGCCCGAUGCCGGAUAAAUCCAGCUUCGCAAGCUCAUCAGCAGCACCUGAAGUUGUCAAAGAUGGAGUCAAAGGGAAAGUGAGUGACUUUGUUAAGAUUUUCAGCCAAGGAGCUUCAAUAGGAGCAGGUGGGGAAUCUCUUGGGAAAAGCUCUAGAUGGAGGGCUAAAGAAACUCCUAGGACUGAUAUUAAUCAUGACAGUGCUAAUGCCAAUGAAACCAAGGAAACUGUAAACAUUGCUGAUCAACUAAAGAAAUCAGCUCCAGAUAUCCCCGCAAUGAAUCGGGAUCAGAAGACUCCACAGGCAGCUCAUAAAAAAGAUUCGGAUCGGGAGAGCGUGAAGAAUAAUAAGGCCCGUGGUGUUACUGAAGAAGAAGAGCGACAAGAACCGACCACAGCACAUUCAACCUCGGAGGAUAUAGAUGAGCCUUUCCAUGUAAACUUUGAUGUGGAGGAUAUAACACAAGAUGAAAACAAAAUGGAAGAAACCAAUAAUGACGCUGAAGAAUUCCAGAACAUUGAUGCCAAAAUUCGAAAGUGGUCAAGUGGAAAGAGCGGAAACAUUCGGUCUCUUCUGUCCACGCUGCAAUAUAUUCUUUGGUCCGGGAGCGGGUGGAGGCCAGUUCCUCUAAUGAAUAUGAUCGAAGGAAACGCGGUUCGAAAAUCGUACCAGAGGGCAUUACUAAUCCUUCAUCCAGACAAACUACAACAAAAGGGUGCCUCCGCAAACCAAAAAUAUAUGGCUGAGAAAGUUUUUGAGUUAUUACAGGAAGCAUGGGACCACUUCAACACUCUCGGACCGGUUUAAAAGGAAGACAACAAAUCUUUAGUCUUUUAGUUAAUUUAUUACACCAAAGGCUUAUGUAAUAUGUAUGUACAAAAAUACACGGUUCUGUUGAAUCAAAAGAAGAUGUUUGCAGCGCAGA